CUGUACGUUAGAGGCCGCGCCUGUGCCCUGUCAUAUUUUUGUCAGUGUGCGUGUGUGUGUGUAUGUGUAUGUACACCAUCGCUCUCCCUGUGAAAUAGACUAGGAAUACAGAGCCUCGGGUUAACAAGGCUUGAAAACUGAUCCUUAACAGAUAUUAUUAGCGAAGGAAAACUGGUGAUGUUAUAUUUCCCUCAGGAUAAUGGCUGAAACUCCGCAAGAAACGGAAGGAACCAAGAAAGAUUUGGACGAAGUGACGGCGAGUUGCAUCAUAAUGCCACUCUCUUUGUGAGUCCGUGCCACUCUCCAAGAUGGCGCUAUGUACGCCAGACUAGUGAGGGCAUUCUCCUUCGGCCAACCUGUGGAAAGUCACAGACCGCAAGAAUGCAAAGUCUGCCUCGAGAACUUCGACUCGGUCAGCAGGAGACCCAGGAGCCUACCCUGCGGCCACACCUUCUGCACCUCCUGCAUCUCCGACCUCAUCAAGAACCGGAAGAUCAGCUGCCCGCACUGCCGGAGGAGGCACACCCUCAAGCAGGCCACGGAGCUCCCCAUCAGCUACAUCGUGGAGGAGUUCAUGGCCAGGGAGAAGUACUUCGACCCUUACAAGAUCACGGUGACAGCCACGUCCCAGACGGACACGGCGGAUCUGGUGGAAGGGAAGGGGUCGGCUUACUGCACUCCGGAGAGGACUGUUGAGACGUCCUCCACUAACAGGCCUGCGACUUGUGUCUCCGUGACGAAGCCCUCGUCCUGUUGCUGCUGCUGUUGCGGGGGCGUCUUCCGGAGGGCCAGCAAGUGCCUGCCGAAUUUCAUGAAGUUCAUCCCUUUUGCUCCCGAACAGUUCAAACGCCUGCCCUGGCGAAGGGGGGACAUGACCCGCCCCUUCCGAGAACCCAGCAGCGGCCACCGUCGUAUCUACGCCAUCAAGGAGGACAACGACCAUUUCAUGAGCGCCGUCAUGAGUUUACAAGACGGCAGGAUGUUCCUGCACACCCUUCGGGACCAGCCAGCGCCUUCCACUCGCACGCUCAAGUACAGCGACAUGGUAGCCCUCCUCGACACUUCGUCCACGACUGCUUUCAUGGACCUCGCUUGGGCCGGGAUGGUCAGAGGUCGCGUCCUGAUCACCCUCUACACGAACACAGCCGCAGGCCAGAUCUUCUUGAAGCUCUGCACAGGCGAGCAGGGCCCCACGUACGCAAACACCUCGUUCUUGGAGGUUAAGUACAAAGGAAAACCUGGGGAAUACGUCUUAGCCGGAGGGAACUUGAAUACCGCGGAAGUCCACAACAAAAUGUUCAACGGGAGUGAAGUUGGGGACAUCAUGUGUCAAACGACGAGCAAGGCAGGGCUGGUGUGGGGAAGGUCUCCUCUAGAUAUCUCCUGCUUUGGCCAGUUCUCCAUCACCACGAGGAAUCCCAGCCACGCCAUGACCUACAUGCAGGUGCUGGGGAAGGUCAGGCGAGGACUGGAGGUUGUCGCAGCCGCGGCGCAGAUCAAAGACAUCACUGAGGUGAAAGUGGUGGACUGUGGAGUCUUAGUGCCUUUGUGAACUGCAGACGAGGUCUUUUAGAGACCACAGAUACGGCAGUUCCGUCUGAUCUUCGACUGUCAUUGAAGGUGUGGAUUAAAUACAGCAACUAAUCAGCAGUGCAAGUGAUGCAUGCAAACGUGCCUUAAUAACUGUGACUAUUUAUACAUUCAAACUCCUGUGGUUAAAUCUUUUGUAAAUGGUUGUCAGAGAAGAAAACUGAUGGUUUAGUUAUGCCUAGAAGUUCAGCAAAAGGGCGUUUUAUGUCCUGCAGAAGAAUUUUGUAAUAAGAAUUCAUACACGGAACGAAAUACUUUUGAAAAUCAGCAAGUAGCAAGAAUUUAAUACAUGAUUAUUAUUAUUAUUAUUAUUAUUAUUAUUAUUAUUAUUAUUAUUAUUAUUAUUAUUAUUAGUAUUAUUAUUAUUAUUAUUAAAAAUAAAACUCAUAGGAAAACCAUUAUGAAACAAUGAUCGAAUUACCAGUCGAUUGCCUUAUCAAUAUUGGUGUAUAUAUAUGACCUAAAGUAAUCGUUUUCUAUUAUGAACCUUACAUCUAUAUCAUAUCAGGGUUCAGGACAUUCUUGCAUUCCCCUACCUGUGAAUGCAGUGUUCAUUGUAUAACAUCGAAGUGCCUAGAAAAAAACACGUUUCUAUUUUUACAAACAAAGAAAUCUUUUACAAAUACAUCACUUUUUUAACGUUUCAGAAAGAGAUUAUCAUCAUGAAUGGAAAAUAUUUUGAGAGGUUUAGUGACACUCUUGAGUUAGACUAUCAGCAUUACAAGUUGGGUCCCAUUUAUUGAGUUACAGACUUGGGAACCUUUUUGAAAUAAACUAUGGACCAUAAAGUUUGCAAGUAAUGUAUGUAAAAGUACCAUAUGCAUAUAAUAUAUUUGUAAAUAUGUUACUCUGUUAAAACAGGAUACGUCUCAAGUAUAAAAGGCCCAUUAAAACACUCUGGUUUAAAACUAAGACUAUAUUUCGUUGGACUAACUCCCACCCCAGCACAGUAGUGAAUAUCAGUAGGAGUUACAUUUGCAAAAUAUAUCUCCCACUAUAUAUUUUGCAAAUGGAACUUCAUCUGUCAUUCACUAAUUGAUAAGAGUGGAAGUUAGUUGACCGAAAUAUAGUCCUUAGUUUUAAACUAGGGU